AUGACGGGCCCUGGAGGCCGACAUCCAGGAAAGAUUGCCAGGAUUAGGCCACUGUCGGAGGUCUGGGCACGUGGAUCCAGCCGCGUGCUUUGUCCCAGCCCUUCCGGCAGAGCAGCCAGCCGAGGCUCCCCUGGUGCCCUGGUCGGCGUCGGCGGACGGCCUGGUGCGGGGGACGAGCAGCAUCGGCAGCGCGGGCCGAAAGGCGGGCGGCAGCCAGCUCCGGACGACGGCGAGCGGCAGCUUGCUUCCCACGUCACCGUCGUGCGGGAGGGGGGACGGCUCCGUGGUCCAGGAGCAGAUCGCCCUGAAGAGCAGGAGAAGUGCGAGGCCGCGGGGACGUACGUCGUGUCCGCGUAUGCGGUGCCCCUGGCGCGCAGGCUCUCCGGCUCGCUCGACCGCGCGGAGUCCGCUGGCUCCACCGCGGGGCCCUGGCGCGCCCCGCUCGCUGGCGGCGCGCGCGAGGGCGACUGGCUGGGCCGGACGCUCCAGGAGUGGCAGUCGGAGGACUUGCCCCGCCCGUGCCAAGGCGCCCACUGGAAGAAGGGGACGGGCUGCGGCCUGCCCGUGCGCAACGGCGCCGGGAGGCCUGGCGCGUCGUCCGGCCACAUGUACGAGUGCAUCUCGGUCGACGUCAUCAGGUCGGACACGGGCCUCACGGACUUGAUGGGGGGCCUGAUCGCGGGCUUGCCGCCGCCUGCGAAAUCUUGCUCCUGGGAGAAGGGCUGCGGGUUGCCCCGGGUCCUCUGCGUGAACGUCAUGCUCCCUCUCCACAACCCGAAGAAUCCUUGGGCCAAGGACGAGGGGGGCAUGAGCGUUGUGGCUCUCUUCGAGAUCUCGCCAGAGACCUGCGAGAGCGCCCGCAGCGCCGAUCCCGGGCCCCACGUGCGGCUGUGGCGGCACUUCUGCGACGGCCCGGGCGGCAGGCCGGGCGGCCCGAAGGACGACCCGAGCCGGAGCCUGGCGGCGCGCAGGAACCGUGCCAAGAAGCAGGACCGCGAUUCUGGACUGCUCAAGGUCACAGCCAUGUGUCUGAACAUGGAUGAGCUGGGCAUACCCCAAUAUUUUCAUCAGUUCAACGGGGCCUCGGUCGUGGUAACAGACAGCGGCUACGUCGUCAAGGACCCAGAGGGCGAGUGGAUAGAGCUCGGGUUCGACGUGCGCAAGUUCCCCUUCUUAUUCCGAGAUGCACUCUACAAUUUCCAAGGCCUGAUGCCCAAGUCACAGGCCCACAUCGGUUUCACGAUCGCGUCGGAAGAGCACGAGCUGCCCGAACGCCUCCUCUGCGACCUCCUGGUCUCAGGUGUGAGCAUCACCGAAAACUCUGUGCGGAUUGCCGCUCGGGCCCCUGGGUAG